UUGCACAUGAUUGCUUUUAUGUAUCUAGUAUAUAAAUAGCUAUGGUUGUAUCCGUGUUAUCCACAUUAUUUAGAUAGGAUUGGUAUUAUUUUGUUGUUGUUUUUUUUUGUCUGCAGUUGUGUUAACAGUCCAAAUAAAAUGAGUUAUCCACAGGGUUACCCAGGGGGUCCGCCAGCAGGCCAAUACCCAGGAGGACCACCAGCAGGCCAGUACCCUGGGGGACCACCGCAAGGCCAGUACCCAGGUGGACCACCGGCAGGCCAGUACCCUGGGGGACCACCGGCAGGCCAGUACCCAGCGGGACCACCAGCUGGUCAGUACCAAGGAGGGCCACCCCCUGCAGGACAGUACCCACCGCAAGGACAAGGUUAUCCAGCCGGAGGGGCUCCACCCGUGGGUCCUGAGGGUAUCCAGGCACAGUGGCAAGGUGACAUGCCAGAACAGGAUGUAGACGACAACCCCAAUGCUGCCCCAGCCCAGCCGUCAGCUCCGCCCCUGGAGAAGAUGGAUACAGUUGCAGGUUACCAGAAUAUUGGGUUUGAUGGGUCUGCAUUGCCACCACCGUCUUACGAGGAAGCAGUGAGAGAACCACCUCAGAGAGCUGAAAUAGCAGGAUUGCCGAGAAUAGACGAGAAUGAGGCCCGUCAAGCAUUGUUAGACUUUGUGGCAGAAAAUUGUUGCUACGGUAAAGGAGCUGCACAAAGUCUGCAUUUCAAAGACCUUGUACAUUCAAGUGCAUUUCAUUACACCCUGGAAACAUUUGGUGAGGGGAGGUCCACAGCUUGGGCAUUUACACCUUAUUCAGGUCAGCCAAUAGAUGGACCCCACAAUGGUCCGGCACCAGGACCUUGGGAUAUAGAUGCUAAACCUCCAAGCUUGUUCCAGAAUCAGAAAGCUGAGAUAGAAGUUCCUCAUACUGCUUCUGUUAAGCCAUGUCAUAACUGUAUGGCAAUGGGAAGAAUUCGUUGUCACAGGUGCUUCGGGCGUGGAAGGGUACGAUGUAGCAGUUGUGCUGGUAGAGGCCACAAGACAGUUUACAGGAACGGGGAACACGAGCAUGAGAGGUGUCAUUGGUGCCAUGGUGACGGCAGAAGGAGAUGUACGACAUGUAAUGGAUUUGGGAUGAUAACAUGUGUGAGCUGUCAAGGUCAUUGUCAGCUUAAAUGCUACAUCAAAUUGACAAUACUCUGGACUAAUCAUCUGCAAGAUCAUAUAGUAGAGAGGACGGCUCUCCCUGAUCACCUGAUUCGUAAUGUACAAGGUCAGAUAGCAUUUCAAGAACAACAGCCUAGAGUUUGGCCAAUAAAUCAUUUCCCAGAUUCGGAAAUUAACAAUGCAUCACAGAGGAUAGUGAACCAGCAUGCGUCGGCCUUCCCAUCGGAGAGACUUCUCAUGCAGCGACACCAGGUGAGGAUUAUACCUGUCACCCAGGCAUACUACAAGUGGAAGGGAGAAGACAAGGACUACUUUGUGUAUGGAUUUGACAAGAAGGUGUACGCCCCGACAUACCCCCAACAAUGCUGCUGUGGUUGUACUGUACUCUAGGUUGUCAGUAAAGUUGGCCUACAAGUUGACACCCACUGUGAAAGAUGGUUCUAUAUACUCAUUAUAGUUCUGGAACUUUUGGUAGUGAUAAAGCAGUGGACAUAUGACAGAUUGUUUGUUGUAACUGGUAAAAAAAAUACAGUAUUUGAUAAAUACUUUACUAUGUGCGAGGAUAUGUACUAUAUAUUAUGUAAAACUGUUGUAAAUUUUACUUUAGAGUGCCAUGAAAUUGUCUACCGGCUGUUGUGUAAUAAAUCUGGGUAAUAUUUUCGCUCGGAAUACAUUGCAUUGAUAUUUAUGUGUCAAGUUUACUUACUUCUUAUGCUUCCUUAAACAGAUCGAGGAAGUGUAUAUAUAUAUUUUUUGUUGUAUGUGAUAUUGAUUGGAGCCUUAAAUGAUAAAGCAUAAUUUAUGUCGUACAUAUUGCAAUAUUUCACAAGAACUGUAACUCUUGCUUAUUUGAGCCGCGCCAUGAGAAAACCAUCAUAGUGGCUUUGUGACCAGCAUGGAUACAGACCAGCCUGCGCAUCCGCGCAGUCUGGUCAGGAUCCAUGCUGUUCACUUUCAAAGCCUAUUGUAAUUAGAGAAACUGGUAGUGAACAGCAUGGAUCUUGACCAGACUGUGCGGAUGCGCAGGCUGGUCUGGAUCCAUGCUGGUCGCAAAGCCACUAUGUUGGUUUUCUCAUGGUGCGGCUCAUUUGAUGUUUGGCUUUGCUUAUUUAAGACCCAGAACUCUUGCUUUUAAAUUGAUAUUAAUUGCUUGCCUUCCUAAAAAGGUGUAAUCUCAAACUUGCGCCAAAGAUAUUAUCUAUAAUGGAAUGGUCUUUAGUAAAGAUGAUCAGAAUAGUAUUAAAGAAAGUGCAAAUUGCCCUUGACUAUAGCUGUAGGAAAUACAGUGUUGUUGGUCUAUAGCAGUGUUUUGCUGUGAAUCAUACCUUGUUUUCAACUGGGAAACUUUUGAUGUACCUAUUAGCUUUCCAUAAACUCUUUUUAUCUUUGUCAUUUGGGACAAGAAACUGGUUACCGAUUUUUGCUAUUAUGUCCCUUGACUCUACUCACUUGACAAAACCAUUUAAGGAGUCAGAUUCUUGACUGGAUAUAUAUAUAUAUAUAUAUAUAUAUACUAGAAAACAUUUUUAUGAAUAAACAGAACAGUUUUUUUCUUUGUCAGAAACUCUUUUCUGAAUUGCAGCAGAUUUUAUAACAAAAUUGACACUAAAAGGAUGAUAAGCAGUGCUAAAGGAUAAACAUCUAGAAUCUAUAUUUAAAAGUGAGUACGUACAUGUUGAACUUAAUGUUUCUGACUUAUCCAUUCAUACAGAUGUUUGUGGUCAUAAUUCCUUUAAAAAUUGCCCAUUAAUCACCCUAUAAAGAUGUAUAAAGCUUUUGUCUACAUACAUGUCACCUGAUUAUUUGUUAUUCGGACCAAUAAAUUUGAUUUAAAACUGA